AUGAGAGUUGUUGCCCUUGACAUACUCAAAUCUUGUGGUGUAAAAGUUCCUACUGAUGUUGAGGUGGAUAUGCCCCUGCAUAACCUUAGUAGUUGCCAGUCAGUCGAUGUUAUUGAUCAGCUAGUUAGUACUAAUAAGCCGACUGAUAUUCAUCAGCUAGUUAGUACUGAUAAGCCGACUGAUAUUGAUCAGCUAGUUAGUACUGAUAAGCCGACUGAUAUUGAUCAGAUUGAUCGUGCUGAUCCUGACCCAUUCACAAACACAUCUAAGCUUAUGGUCCUUGAUGAUAAUCUUGGUUACCGAAAUGUGGCAACAGGGAUAUUAUGCCAAAGUCAACCAGGGGAGCUUAUUCAUAAUGUCCCAUUACUCGCAUAUCAUGUCAAAGUCACUAUCGUUCACGUACUUGAUGGAGAGGAACAUACACCUCUACCUUUACCCUUUUUCGGACAUGAUGUACUAGGGGAUCAAGUAGAAGGGAGUUGGGCUCAAUGGCCUAAAAAACAAGUCAAAUUGUCAAAAGAGAAAGUCACCCAAGAACCUGCAAAGAAUAAGAUUGAAAAAAAGCACGAGGGUAAUGAACUUGGGUCAGCAGUUAGAUGUCGCGAGAAGGGGAAUGAUGAUGAAGAUGACGUAUUUUUUAUUCCCGCGCAAGAAAGUUUCACUGCUUAUGUCGUUGGUGAAGAUCUCAAGAAUUUGCUUAACAUGAGCUAUCUAAGUACAUCAUGUGUACAUAUUUGGAUAAGAUUUUUGCACAACCAUUGCAAGAUGAACAAAACUCAGGGUGAGAUCGGGUUUUUUUGUCCGAAAAAGCUUUCUAUGGUAAUACGUCGAUCUGCGACGGUUACAAGCUAUUUGACUCAUUCAAUAUCCAAGCAAAGUAAGAAGCAAUUUAUACUCAUCCCCUUCCAUCAAAAAUCUCAUUGGAUGUUGAUACUACUUUGCCUUCAAAGAGGAGAAGAUUUCUUGUUCGCUUCAGCAGGAGUUGGAUUAGAUAGCAUGCAAGUAAAAGGAAAUAUAUCUAUGAGUUAUCGGACUUGGCAAGCCAACAACAAAGGAUCUCGAAAGUCUAUGAGAUGGAAAGAAAUUAUAUGUUCUCGUGAACCGGAAAUGCUUGAAUGUGGCUAUUACGUCAUGAAGUACAUGCAUCAAAUAGUUUUACUUGGAUUACAAAGUAUUAGUAAUGUGGAAGAGAUAUUUUCUCCAAACCCGUACACUCAAGAGGAGAUCGAUGAUGUUCGAGAAAAAUGGAGUAGAUAUUUUAUUAGUAGUUGUUUGUAGUCAUUUUCUAGUUUUCAGAGAUAGAAAUUAGGUUAUUUUUUGGAAUACAAUUAUUUACAAUUGUACGUUGAACCAACUUUCUUGUUUGAAUUAAUACAAAAAUAUUUUCGCAAUUAUGCAAAUCUCAGCUCUAUUUAUUAUUUUUUUGAAUUUAAUACGUACGUAGAAAUAAUUUAAAUUAGCGAGAACAAAAUAAAAAAAAAAUAAAAAAAAAAU